AUGGGACAUCCGAGUCCUCUCAUGGCUACAAGCUCUGGAACAGAGGUGCCGAUUGGUAAAGAGGAUACACCUGGGUGUGAAGAAACUGAAGCACCCAGUUCCUCCUCUAGAGUGCAUGAACAUGGUGAAGAGGAGAGGCCAGACCUACAUGAAACCGAGUAUGGCACUGUCGGUUCACCUCCGUUAGACCAAAUGGAUGGUGGCUCACCUCCGUUAGGGCAAAUGAAGGGUGGUGAUAUAAUUAUGGAGCCAAAAUCGGGGAUGGAGUUUGAUUCUUUUGAGGAAUUAAUGGAAUAUUAUAGGGUAUAUGCUAAGAAAUGCAAUUUUGGAUCCAUGACACAACGGAGUGAGAGAGAUGACGAAGGAAAUGUCAGAUAUGUCACCAUUGGUUGUACUCGUGGGGGAAAAGUUAGGAAUAGGACAAUGAAUGUCGCCAAACCACACCCGACAGGGAAAACUGACUGUAAAGCUCGGAUUAAUGCCUUAAAAAUCCAGGGAAAGAUGCGGUUGACCACAGUCCAUAAUACCCAUAAUCAUGGGUUGAAACCUCCCAUUUUGAAAAAGGAUUGUCGUAACUACAUUGACAAGGCAAAACAUUUACGACUUGGAGCAGGUGGUGCUGGAGCACUUCAAGACUAUUUUGCAAGGAUGCAAUACAAGAAUCCCAAAUUCUUUGCCUUGAUGGAUUUAGAUGAUGAUGGAAGGUUGAAGAAUGUAUUUUGGGCAGAUCCACGUAGUAGGGCAGCUUAUCAAGAUUUUGGUGAUGUGGUAACGUUUGACACAACGUACCUAACAAACAGAUAUGGAAUACCCUUUGCACCCUUUGUUGGUAUAAACCAUCAUGGGCAAUCGAUUCUCUUUGGAGCAGGGUUAAUUUCUAGUGAGGAUACAGAGACUUUUACAUGGCUAUUUCAGACCUAG